CUUCACCCACUCACCGUCCAAUCUUUAAUCAACCGCCCUUCCUGUCCCGUCCGCCCUCCCACGCGUCCUCUCUCUCUCUUAACUGAUCCUUUCGAAAAAUCUCAAUACCUCGCGAUCUCUUCCCCCUCCUGUGUAUUCACAUUUCACACCUUCCCCUUCGAAUUGUUCCAAGUUGUUUGCUAGAUUUUCGAUCUUCAGCUUCGUCAACCCACCCUCCACCCCCUCGUGCCCUGAAUUCCUCUGGUUUGUUCAAUCAUCUCGCGUUGAUUCGACGCACCGCCCUCCGGUUCCAUGCCGUAAGCUCUUUGCGAUCUCAAAUAACUCUCCUGGUUUUUAAAUUUCAGCAUAAUUUAUUUUUUUUCCAAGAAAUGGGUGGCCAGUGUUCCAACCUUUUUUAAAUAUUUGUAUGUAUUCUCGUCGAUUUUUAAAAUAUUCUUCUUUUUUUAAAAAAUAAAAUCAGCUCUCGAACAGUCAGUUUUGCAAUCUGUUCGAAUUUAUGCGGGGAUUCGGGUAAAGGGUUUUGGAGAUGGUGAUUGGGAGUAAUUUGGAUACGUUGCCUGACGGACUUGUACAGACAACCAUAGAUGACCGUCUGGGAGGAUCGACUGGGAAUUUAGAGAAUAGGUUGCAUAGUGAGAUUCAAUCCUUGCUGGGGGACCACCGCAAUCGAAGCUUCAUUGAUCGGGAAAGGGAUCUGAAUAUGCAUAGGAGCGGUAGCGCGCCGCCCACAGUUGAGGGUUCGUUGAAUGCUGUGGAAAGUUUGUUUGGGAACUCAAAUUUUCAAGAGUUUAGUAAUAGUAGUAACGCCAAUAGAGUUUUGUCGGAAGAUGACAUUCGUUUGCACCCUGCAUAUCUUUCAUAUUAUUACUCCCAUGACAAUAUUAAUCCUAGGCUUCCCCCACCAUUGUUGUCGAAAGAGGAUUGGCGUGUCGCCCAGAGGUUCCAGGCUGGGGCAUCUUCGUUUGAGGGAGUUGGGGAUUGGAGGAGAAAGAAGUUGGUUGAUGACGGAGAUAGUUCUUCAUUGUUUUCGAUGCAGCCUGGAAUAUCCUUACUGAUGCCCGAGGAUGAAUUUAUUGACGCAAGUAAGCUUUCUGCAAAGAGUCUCACUCGGCAAACUUCUGCUGAAUGGCUUGAUAGGGGCCCUAAUGGUUUGGUUGGGCUGUCGGGUGCCAGACUGGGUGCAAGGAGGAAGAGUUUUGCUGACAUUCUUCAGGAAGGAAUAGACAGACCUACUUCCUUGUCAGGUUCUCUGUCUCGGCCAGCUAGCCAUAACGCUGUUUGUGAUACUAUGGAUAGAACAGCAUUCUCUGAUCUGCAUCCUGCAGAUUUGCAUAAUGGAGGGGAAUCAAUAAAGGCCUUUCAUUCCAGAGCAACUGCCACUGGCGUAGUUAGAGUUCAGAACCAUGGUACAACAGUUUCUCAUUCUUUCGCACCUGCUGUGGGUUCAUCCCUGUCAAGGAGCACAACCCCUGAACCUCAGCUAGUUGGAAGGUCGGCUGGUUCUGGUCUUCCCCCUGUUGGUAGCAGGAUUUGCUCUAUUGAGAAGAAGAAUAUUGUCGGGUCAAAUGUCCAAAAUGGUUUUUCUUCAAGCAUGACCAAGCUUGAUGAUAUUGCAGCUGCUUUAUCUAGCUUAAACCUGUCAAGAAAUAGAGUUGUAGAAGGUAGUCAUUUACAGGUCCAGAUGCAACAGGAAGUUGAUAAUCAACAUAACUUCAUCUCCAACCCUGAAAAUCUAGGACUUCCUACCAACUAUGCUGAUUUGGCAAGGGAAAAUGGAAUCAUAACAGACCAGAAUGUUUCUAAGAUGAGUUUGGAUGGGGGGCAAGCAAACUUUCCAAAAAGAAUAUCUUCUUCGUCCAGUCUGUAUGGAAAAAUGAAUUCUCCGGGGUUUGGAAAUUUAGAAGGAUCUAACUUUAAUAAUUCAAAUAUCUCAGGUAUGGACUAUACUGCCCACGUGCCUGGCAUGUAUUCUGUAAAUGGUAAGCUGGGUUCGGCAGUCAACAAUCAUCUUGAUGCAGAUUUAACUGGUAAUGGAGAUAGACACAGUUCACACAGAAAUCCAGCUGCACAGGACCUUCAUUUGCCAGUUUUGGAUUCACGUUAUGCUCAGUGCUCACAAAGAGCUUCUGAUUAUGCAGUGCGUGCUCCAGGUGGCCUGAAUGAUCCUUCUAUAGCAAGAAACUACACUGGCACUUCACAUAGGGAUUUGCUAGUGCUUCAAAAAGCAUACCUUGAGGCAAUGCUUGCUCAACAAAAACAGCAGUAUGAGUUGCUAAAUUUAAGUAAAUCAGGUGGCAUGAAUCAUGGAUAUUAUGCAAAUCCAUCUUAUGGUCCUGGCAUGCCAUUUCAAAAUUCAUUGGCAAAUUCUCCUGUUGGACCUGGAAGUGCAAUGUUUCCGAAUGAACGAUUCUCUCGUUUUACUUCUGUGGUGAGGGGUCCAAUUGGCGGAUCUGUUGGAUCAUGGAACUCCGAACUUAGUAAUAACAUGGAUGGGAUAUUUGCAUCAUCCUUGUUAGAAGAGUUCAAGAGCAACAAGGCCAGAUCUUUUGAACUCUCGGACAUUGUUGAUCAUGUAGUUGAAUUCAGUACUGAUCAGUAUGGGAGUCGCUUUAUUCAGCAGAAACUCGAAACUGCCAUGGUGGAAGAGAAGAACAAGAUAUUCGUGGAGAUUGUUCCUCAUGCUCGUACACUGAUGACUGAUGUCUUUGGGAAUUAUGUCAUACAGAAAUUUUUUGAGCAUGGUACAGAAAGUCAGAGAAAAGAGCUAGCUAGCCAACUUAUUGGGCAUGUCUUACCUCUCAGUCUUCAAAUGUAUGGCUGCAGAGUUAUUCAGAAGGCAUUGGAGGUGGUUGGUCUGGAUCAGCAGACAAAUAUGGUGGCAGAGCUUAAUGGUUCAGUCAUGAAGUGUGUUCGGGAUCAAAAUGGUAACCAUGUGAUCCAGAAGUGUAUAGAGUGUGUUCCUCAAGAUCGAAUUCAGUUUAUUAUCUCAUCCUUUUAUGGGCAAGUUGUGGCACUUUCCACCCACCCUUAUGGCUGUCGCGUCAUUCAGAGGGUCCUGGAGCACUGUGAUGAUUUGGACACACAACAAAUUAUCAUGGAUGAAAUCAUGCAAUCUGUGUGCACUCUAGCUCAAGAUCAAUAUGGCAAUUAUGUUAUUCAGCAUGUCCUACAACAUGGUAAAGCACAUGAACGUUCUGCUAUUAUUAGCAAGCUAACAGGACAAAUAGUGAAGAUGAGCCAGCAGAAGUUUGCAUCUAAUGUUGUUGAGAAGUGCUUGAGUUUUGGUGGCCCAGAAGAGCGUCAACUAUUGGUGAAUGAGAUGCUUGGUUCCACAAAUGAAAAUGAACCCUUGCAGGCCAUGAUGAAAGAUCCAUUUGGGAACUACGUUGUGCAGAAGGUGCUUGAGACUUGCGAUGAUCUGAGCCGCGAAUUGAUUCUUUCUCGUGUCAAGGAACAUUUGAAUACCCUGAAGAGGUAUACUUACGGGAAACAUAUAGUCUCUCGUGUUGAAAAGCUUAUCACAGCUGGAGAAAGGCGCAUAGGGAUAUCCUCGUUUUCUUCUUCUUGAGUUGGAAGAAGAGUAGUUCUUUCUUUUCAUCAAGAGACAUUCUUGUACAGCUGACAGCAAUGGUGAUGGUGGUAUUGGGAAGUUAUAUCAUUAGGAGUCUUUUCCUAGAGAGAGGUUGUAAUGGUUGUAAAUAAACACGGGAUCUAGCAAACCCUGCUGGAAUAAGAUUUGGUGCUCCUGCUGCCUCUCCCGCUCUCUUUUUCUGUAUACUCAACUUUCAUUUUUGUAAUGAGAGAGAGAGAGAGAGAGAGUUGAGUUGGGUCGUUUUUCUGGUAAGGAGUCAAGAAGGUUAGGAGAGAAGGCGAAUUAUAGAGCCUAUCCUUUCUGAGAGCAGUACUUGUACGAGGUUCAUUAGCCUGUAAAGCAAAAUUUUGAGUGUAGAUGGGUAACCGCUGAGAAAAGGCCGAGUGCCUUAGAGUUGAGAUUUUAGAGUCUUAAUGGAUUUGCAUGUAAAUAUUCUGCAAUUUUACUUUGUAGUUCUUUUUACCCUAUUUAUUUUGCAAAUAUGUCAUUAUUUCUUUACCAAA